AUGUUUGUCAAUAGUAGACUAGUCGUACAUGUAUUACUGUGUAUGGAUACAGACUGUUACCUCUCAAAGAAACUGACAUUCUCAAGUCAGUCUGCGAUCAGUGAUGGCGUCAAUAUCAUCAAAGGCAGACUGAAGAAAGGAACCAAUUCUCAAGAAUGUAUCUCACAAUUGUUUGCAACAUACAGUGAUUUCUACGUAGUAGGUGUUCACCUCACAGACAAUAUUGUUCGAUCAAUAUUUGAGGCUGAAGUUCUAAACUGUCCAAAACUUGGCACUUAUAUGGGUAUAUGGCAAAUCUUUGCUUUGUCCAACAUUCUUAGAUGCCCUAUUAUGUCCUGUUAUCCAGAGUUUGUUAAGUCUGUACGGCGAAGUCUUCAUAGAAUAAUUCUCCCAUCAGUAGAUUCAGAGAAUUCAGAACCUGCAUACAUCUUGUGGACCAGCAACAGAAGAGACAUGAGGCCUCAAAACUGGGUACCAAAUCACUUUGUACCUUUGGUUGAAAUUGAUGUCCCUGCCAAUCAAUUGAAUGUGCCUAGCAGCAAGUCAGAUGAUGAUGUCUUUGUCAGAAAGUCAGAUAAUGAUGUCCCUGUCAGCAAGUCAGAUGGUGAUGUCCCUGUAAGUCAGUCAGAUGAUAAUAUCCUGGUCAGCAAGUCAGGUGAUGAUGUCCAUGUCACCCAGUCAGAUGAUGAUGUCCCUGUCAGCCAGUCAGAUGAUCAUGUCUCUGUCAGCAAGUCAGAUGAUGAUGUCCCUGUCAGCCAGUCAGAUGAUGAUGAUGUCCCUGUCAGCAAGUCAGAUUUGUCUGUUAUCCAGCCAGAUUAUGGUGAUGAUCACUCCUAUGUAAAUAGCCAGUCAGAUGGUGAUGUCCUUGUCAGCCAAUCAGAUGAUGUCCAUGUCAGCCAGACAGAUGGUGAUGUACUUAGCAGCCAAUCAGAUGAUGUCCAUGUCAGCCAGGCAGAUGGUGAUGUCCCUGUAAGCAAGUCAGAUGAUGAUGUCCCUGUCAGUCAGUCAGAUGGUGAUGUACUUAUCAGCCAAUCAGAUGAUGUCCAUGUCAGCCAGACAGAUGGUGAUGUCCCUGUCAGUCAGUCAGAUGGCGAUGUACUUAUCAGCCAAUCAGAUGAUGUCCAUGUCACCCAGACAGAUUGUGAUGUCCCUGUCAGCAAGUCAGAUGAUGAUGUCCCUGUAUGUCAGUCAGAAGAUAAUAUCCUUAUCAGCAAGUCAGAUGAUGAUGUCUCUGCCAGGAAGUCAGAUGUGUCUGUUAACCAGCCAGAUUAUGGUGAUGAUCGCUCUGAUGUAAAUAGUCAGUCAGAUGGUAAUGUACCUGCCAGGAAGUCAGAUGAUGUCCAUGUCAGCCAGUCAGAUGGUGAUGUUCCUGUCAUCCAGGCAGAUGGUGAUGUACCUGUCAAUCAAUCAGAUGAUGUCCAUGUCAGCCAGACAAAUUGUGAUGUCCCUGUCAGUCAGUCAGAUAGUGAUGUACUUAUCAGCCAAUCAGAUGAUGUCCAUGUCAGCCAGACAGAUGGUGAUGUCCCUGCCAGCAAGUCAGAUGUGUCUGUUAGCCAGCCAGAUUAUGGUGAUGAUCACUCUGAUAUUGACCCACUUGGAGUUAACAGAGAUAUAGAGGAUAAAGCAAGUGAAAUGAUAUUUCUACAAAUGAUAUAG